AAUGACAUUGACGUUAUCUCUAUAACCAUACUUUUAUUCGAAACUAUGUUGUCAAAAUGAAUAUUACUUUUUUAUGGUAUAUACUUUAUAUAUAAAUAAUACUAGAUGCAAAAGUUUACAUCUUUCCGUAUAAUAUAUAUGUUAAUGAAUCCUUUUACAAGUAUAGCCUUAAAAAUCAGUCAUGAUUGAAGAAGAACUGGAUGCCUUAUCAGACUUGGCUUCAAUUCAUGCAGAUCCUCCGGUAAUGAGAGAUAUAUGCUCUAAGUGCCAUCGUCCUUCCACAGUUUGCUAUUGUAAAUGGAUACCAGUUCCACCUAUGUGCCCAAAAAGUAGUAUUAUACUGUUACAACAUCCAGCAGAAGAAAAGAGGUGCCUUAGAACUGCCACUAUGUUACAAUUAGGUUUAGAUUCUUCAAAAUGCCUUGUAUUUAAAGGGAAACGCUUCCCGGGAAAGUAUAACAUUCUAGAAGAUAUAUUAACUGCUUCAAACACACUAUUGCUUUAUCCAAGCAAAACAGCUGUAGAUAUUAGAGAAGUGCUUAGGGAAAAUUCUCAUAAGUUUUAUAAUAUAGUACUUAUAGAUGGUACUUGGCCACAAGCAAAAGCAAUAUAUACAGGUAGUUCGAUUUUACACAACAUUAAACAGAUUAAGAUUCUGAAUAAUGAUACAAGUAAUUACAUAAUUAGAACUCAGCCUACUGAUGGUUGUUUGAGUACUAUCGAAACAGCAGCUUUAACAUUGAGUCUUUUAGAGAACGAUAACAGCUAUAGAGAAAAGUUAUUGGAACCUCUUAAGGCGAUGUGUGAGUUCCAGUUACAGAAUGGAGCUGUUUCACACCAAAGCAAGGAAUUUAGGAUUAAAAACAAUACAUAUCCUAAGCUGAUUGGGAAAAGGCUAAAUAGAGUAUUGAAAGAAGCAGAAAAUAUGACUAAUAAUUGUGAUAAGGAUUCAUGAUUCAUGAAAAUUAUCCUAUAGACUUUUGUAUUAAAUAAAUUUUUAUUAAAUAGUUAUGCCGUU